GGAUCCUCCUGCAUUAGCAAAGGCAGUUGGAUUAGCUUCAUACACGCAGCCACACUGCUUUAUACUAUUUCCCCUUUUUGUUGUGAAAAAUAAUCAAAUAAACGAAACAAUAAAAAGCCCAAAGAAAAGAAACAGCUGUUCUAGGAUCACAUCCAUCCGAAGAAAUGACGGGCUCAAACGAGUACAAGCUGAACCAAGGCCCAGAGGACGGCAUCUCUGCGGUCAAGUUCAGUCCCAGCACGGCCCAGUUCCUGCUGGUUUCCUCCUGGGACUGCACAGUCCGUCUCUUUGAUGUUGGAGGUAAUUCCAUGCGGAUGAAGUACCAGCACACGGCUCCAGUUCUCGACUGCGCUUUUUACGACCCAACACAUUCUUGGAGUGGAGGCUUAGAUGCGCAGUUAAAGAUGCAUGACUUGAACACAGACCAAGACACAAUAGUUGGAACACAUGACGCUCCCAUUCGAUGUGUGGAGUAUUGCCCGGAAGUAAACGUAAUGGUAACGGGUAGCUGGGACCGAUCAGUCCGGCUGUGGGACCCAAGGACGCCCUGCAAUGCUGGCACCUUCACUCAGCCUGAAAAGGUCUACACCCUGUCUGUAGCCGGAGACAGGCUGAUAGUGGGCACAGCUGGGAGACGAGUCCUGGUCUGGGAUCUGAGGAACAUGGGCUACGUACAGCAAAGAAGAGAGUCCAGUCUCAAGUACCAGACCCGCUGCAUCCGAGCCUUCCCAAACAAACAGGGCUACGUGUUGAGUUCAAUUGAGGGCCGUGUCGCUGUGGAGUACCUGGACCCCAGCCAGGAGGUUCAGAAGAAGAAGUAUGCCUUUAAGUGCCACAGGCUGAAGGAGGAAGGGAUUGAGCAUGUCUACCCUGUCAAUGCCAUCUCAUUUCACAGUGUUCAUAACACUUUUGCUACAGGUGGCUCGGACGGCUUCGUAAACAUCUGGGACCCGUUCAACAAGAAGCGCCUGUGUCAGUUCCACCGCUACCCCACCAGCAUCGCCUCGCUGGCCUUCAGCAACGACGGCACCAUGCUGGCCAUCGCCUCCUCCUACAUGCACGAGAAGGGAGACAUCAGCCACCCGGAGGACGCCAUCUUCAUCCGCCAAGUCACAGACGCAGAGACCAAACCCAAAUCCACCUAAGUCCAGCUUGGAUUCGGGUCCGUCUGCGUUUGAGGCCUUCAUCAGAUUUGGAUUAUCUGCUGGCAUCCAGUGUACAUUUGUUCAUUUUUUCCCCUCAUUCCAGUACACCUGAAACUAUCUGUAUGUCUAAUUCUUUCCCUAAAUAUCCUCCUCUGUUCGGCUUCUUGUUAAAUAUUUCUGUUUCCUGUCACUGUUGUUACUGUUCUGAACUAAACUGAUUUCUAUACACCUCCCACAUGUUUUGCUUGGUCAUUGUAGAGCUGCUUUAUGUGACUGAAAAACCAGCAUCGCGGUGUUUAAAUCACCCUUUUUAGACACAUUUUCGUAAUAAAAACUGAAAUCUAAACUCCUUACA